ACUGGUAUCCGCCUCGCCCGGCCCAGCUGUCUUGCUCACCAUCAUGGUGGACUUUGUGCGCCAUGGCGGACUACACUCCAUUCAUUUGUGGCGAACUUAGGAGUCCCAUUCAAUUCUAGUGUCCUUGGUGCUAAGUGUCCGUCAGUGGGCUCUCAACAUACUCAAUGUUUUGAAUGCAACAUCCGGGUACUGACUGAGCACUGCAUUAGUGCACAGAAUUAAGUGCUCCUACCCAAAUGCUGUAAUAGAGACACUGUCCUGGCUGUCAGACGGCCCAAAUUGGUGACCUGUGUUGGUAUUUCAUCCUCUCCUCUCCACUACAAUGGCUCAGGCCUACCUCGGUUUGGACAAAGCCCAGUUCAGCUGUUCGAUAUGUCUGGAACUUCUCAAGGACCCGGUCACCAUCACAUGUGGUCAUAGCUUCUGCUUGAGCUGCCUGACAAGCUACUGGGACAGCCAAGUAGUCUGCAGCUGUCCACACUGCAGAGCCAUCUUCAGUCCCAGACCAACUCUGGGCAGGAACACCUUGCUGACGGAGAUGAUCCAAAGACUGGGGGUUGUGCAGUUGAGUCAGGGUCCAUCUGCUCCUCCCCUCUACCAGGACCUGGCGCACUCAAGGAGCCAAGGCUUUGCGCAUACCACCUUUGAUGUGUCCUCAGUCCAUGCAGGGAGGACAGUUGGCGAGAAACAUUUAGAGGAAAUGCGGAAAAAUCUCUCUGAGCAAAUUGCCAAGAAGGAAUCUGAGCUGCAGCAGCUGAAACAAAACUUGAAGUCUUUCUCUCGUCUCACCAAGGAAGCAGUCAAGGAUGCCAGCAGGAUCUUUGAGGAGCUGCAGGAGUUUCUGGAGUGCCGUCGGGUGGAGGUGAAGGCGCUCAUCAGGGCCCAGGAGAACGCGGAGGUCACGCGAUCCGAGAACCAGCUGCAUCGUCUGGAGCGGCAAAUCUCAGAGCUGAAGAAGCGAGACGCCAUGCUGCAAGGGCUGUCACGGUCGCAGGAUCAACAUCAGAUUGUACAGUACAUGUGUGAGUCGUUUUGCAGUCCAGUCCAAGCAGGAGAAAACACUUCCCUGGUUGUCAGUCCACACGUCUCCUUUGGUGGCGUGAGGACAGCCAUAUCUGACAUGAAAGAGCAGCUCCAGAGUUUCUACCACGCACAAUUUGCCAACAUCACCACUGCAGUAAAAAAUGUCACAAUCCUCGAGUUGGAAAAGCCAAAUAAAGUGAUGAAGAAGUGCAACACUUCCAAUGUUCUAGCUUUCGACAACAGAAGUGAUCUCCUUCAAUAUUUCCGUCCUCUUUCGUUGGACCCCUUUACAGCGCACAAGGAGCUGUCGCUGACUGAAGGGAACCGUGUGGUCAGUCGAACAGGAGAACUGCAGUCCUAUCCAGACCACCCCGACCGCUUUGACAGCUGGGCUCAGGUGAUGUGCCGUGAAGGUCUACAAGGACUGUGUUACUGGGAAGCGGAGUGGGAUGGCCAACAGGUGGCGCUGGGAGUCACCUAUGAGAGCAUCAAUAGAAAGGGGACAUCCAAUGAGAGCAGGUUGGGCCACAACAGUCUAUCAUGGAGUCUUCGCUGCAGUCCUUCAUCCUUUGCCUUCAUCCACGACAAUGAGACCGUCAGCUUUCCCGCCGCCGUAAUAUCCCACAGAAUUGGGGUCUUCCUGGACCACAACGCAGGAGUGCUCAGUUUCUACACGGUGACACCUGGAGGAAUCCAGCUACUGCACCAGAUAAAGACCACGUUUGACCAGCCUCUGUACCCGGCCGUGUGGCUCGGGGCCCAUGCCACCAUCAACCUCGGCUGUGUCGACUGACAUGGAAAUAUAUGCUGAUCUUAAGUCAGCUUACUAACAUGUAGACAACAUAUAUCACCUAACCGUUUGUACACGCAUGCCAAUUGCUUGGGGAAAAUGUCCCUGAAUACUAAUGAACUAUUUUGUGCCUUAAUGUUAAUAUGACAACAUUAAAUUAAAAGUAGAAAUAGUAUUAGAAGACCUCACUGACUUCAAAGCAUGACCUUAUGGUCAAACAUGAGGCGGUUUCAUCCCUUACUGUACCCGAAAUAAACUGAACCGUGAUCUUAAAACUGAGUGAUGAUGCCUGUAUUGUUGUUUUGAAAUCUACCCGACAAGACGUGUUUCAGUGCAAGAGUAUUUUAUUCAUAGACACAAACAAACACGGUGUGGUGAUGGUACGAGACAGAUGGCAGUUAAAUCUUAUUGAAGGCUGCGACGUCCACACUUUGAACCUGAAAUAGAAGCACAGCAAAGCACCUGGAUUAGUCUUUAUACAAAUAUUUUAUAUACCACAAUUAUAGGGCAUACUGUACCUAAUUUCUUACACUUUUUCUUCAGCUUUUUUUCCCCCAAUUAUUAUUUUUAAAAAUCUAAACAACGAUGGUGCUUUGUCACCUUUUAAGCUGACACAAAAUGUUGUCUUUAAAAUAUACAUAAUUGUUUUUGUAACUACAUUAAAAAUAUUAAACAGCCGCCUUCAUUUUUGGACUUUUAGCACAUGAACCUCGAUGGAAAAAGACUGGACACCUCCUUCCUCAGUAAUAAAUUGUUCGUAACGCAAAGUGACGUCUGCAAUUUGUACUCUUGCAAAUGAAUGUAAGCACAAUAAACUCCACAAAUGCAAGAUCAUGUGCUUUUAAGUUAAAUGCUUGCUUUGCAGUAUAAAUGUAUUGCAUGGACAAAAGUAAUGGGGAAACUUCUGGAACUGAACAUGUCAAUAGAGUAGAACGUGUUCUCCGGUUGGACAUAAGUUUCUAUCAGCAAAGCAUACAUGUACUUUGCAUCCGUAUUCACAGUGCUUCACUUUUUCCACUUAUGUGACAGCCUUAUUCCAAAAUGGAAUACAGUUGUCCCUCAUUAUAUCGCGGUUU